AUGACAACAUCACCGGCACCACCCCCUGUUCCCUUCCCUGGUGUCGAGACCACCAAGCCUUUCGUCCUUGGCCCCGUCGAACCAGCAGUCGACCGCUGCUUUACAACCACCUCCGACCCAUCCUCCGUACCGAUCGAUACCCGAACACAGCCUCUUGCUCUUAACCUCGCUGCGUUCCACCCCAAGUCCGGCAUACACUUGGAAGUCCUGAGCACGGAGCCGUCUUAUCAGUUUUACACAGGCGAAUUGACCAACGUCCCCGCUGCGGAGGGCCUACCGGCGAGAGGCGCACGAAGUGCUUUCUGCUGCGAGCCCGGCCGUUGGAUCAACGCAGUCAACGUCCCAGAAUGGAAGGACAUGGUCAUUGUGAAGAAGGGCGAGACUUAUGGUUCAAGAAUUGUGUACAAGGCUUGGUCAGAGUAG